UGUCCAACACAAAAGCAGUGGAACUCGAUGAUAGGGGUCGUCGAGUGGGCGUGAGGUGAUGAAGCUCGGGAAGGAGGCAGGCAUGAAAUCCGGCAAGGGGCGCGCAAAAAACAGGACCUGGGACGAGAGCAAAAAAUGUCGUGAGCCGGUGAUCAGAGCAAUAAGUGAAGAAUGCGAGAUACAACUGACUUAGCAAACAGACAUGUUUAUCGGGCGACGAGGUGGCGGCGUCCACUGCUUUUAAAGAGGGCUGAUUAUCAUCGCCAUCACCUGUGGCCGCUCCACCCGUCUGACGUCCACUCUGUAAUCAGAAUAAAAACACGCACACCUGCCAGAGGUGGGCCAGGGCUCAGGAAGGAGGAGCAGAGGCCCUAACAGUGCAGUUGAGCCACCUCUGGUUGGAGAUGGGACCAAAAGUGUGAGGAAUUGCAGAUGUGAUAAGGAAGCGCUAGGACCUGGGAGACCACUUCGCGGCGCACCAGGCGAGUGUGGCAAGCGGUCAGGAAAGAUCCGCUAGAUUGGGAGUUUACACUGCAGCAGCCAUCAACACCGGUUUACCUCUUCUUCUUCUUCUUAAAUUUACUUCAAGGCGCGCUAGACGAAAGAAAAGACGCGCGGAAGACAACUUAGGAAAAGUUUGGAAAAACUUUUUUUCUCGCCCCCGGUUCAUUCCUUCAUACAGAUGUCAGUGUGACUUUGAGUGCCGAGUCUUGACUCUCAUCCACCGCUGGACUAGGACUACUCAUCUGGACACUCCCAAGAGUCUUGAUUUGAGAGUCGUAGUGAGUAGAGGUCAUUUGGAUUUGGCAUUGGAUUUGAAAUCAAAACACCACAAACAUUUGGAGCAAAUGGAUCGAAGGAACGCCAUGACAUAAGGGCGGUGUUUGAAUUUUAUUGUUUUUUUAAACGGAACGGACUGCUGUGUUGCAGAAGAAAACCUCUCCAAGUUUGUCAUAUUUGGAUCGAACCUCACUUUUAUUGUGAUUGCGUCCCCACUCUGGAGGCUUCAUGCCGGAGAUAUGGGUUGACCCGAGAUUGAGCUGAGAUCCAGCCCCAGGACAAUGUGCGCGCCCGGCGUUGGCAUCCCUGUGCCGGGUCGUGUGGUACUGAUGCUGCUGCUCCUGCUGGCCGCCCCCGGGCCGCGGCCGUCCCGGGCGUGCCGAGGGCUCCUUGGUUGCAGCUGCACGGAGGAGCGCUCCAAGACGCAUGGAGCCCAGCCCCAGGGGCGGAGGGUCAGCUGCGGAAAGGAGGAGCUGUCCGAACCCCCCGAUGUCAGCCUGCUGCCUAACAGAACCGUCACUUUAAUACUGAGCCACAACAAAAUCCGAGUCCUGAACAAUGGCUCCUUCUUCGGACUUAAUGCCCUGGAGAAGCUGGAUCUCAAGCACAACUUAAUCAGCACCAUCAUGCCUGGAGCCUUCCAAGGCCUGUCCGAGCUCCGGAAACUUGACCUAUCCAACAACCGCAUUGGCUGCCUGACUUCAAACAUGUUCCAAGGACUGACUAAUCUCACUAAAUUGAACUUAUCUGGAAACAUCAUAUCAACCUUGGAUGCCGGCGUGUUUCAGGAGCUCCCAUCCCUUAAACUUGUGAAUUUCAACUCUGAAUACCUGUCAUGUGACUGUGGGCUGCACUGGAUCCCAGGCUUCUUUCGCAGCAGCUCAGCCCGACUGGGAGAUGAAACCCUGUGUGCUUAUCCGAGAAGUCUGAAGGGAAAACCCCUACGAGGACUUCGGGAAAGCCAGUUGAGCUGUGACGGCCCUUUGGACCUGCACACCCUGACGCUGCUGCCCUCUCAGCGUCAGGUGGUCUUCAAAGGGGAUCGACUGCCGUUCCACUGUACUGCAGCCAUGGUGGACAAAGUCACCGCUUUGCACUGGCACCACAACGGUCACCUAGUGACUUCUGACCCAGAGAACGGUGUCCAGUUGGAGAACAAUGUAUUGCAUGACUGCACCUUUAUUACCAGUGAACUUAUUCUAUUCAACGUACAUGUGGAGGCCAGUGGAGAGUGGGAGUGUGUGGUUACAACCGGGAGGGGAAACACUUCCCGCUCUGUUGAAAUAGUAGUGCUAGAGAACAGUGCCUCCUUCUGUCCAGAGGAUAAAGUUGUUAACAACCGAGGCGAAUUCAGGUGGCCAAGAACUCUGGCAGGCAUCACCUCUCAUCAGUACUGCCUGGAGCUGCGUUACCCUUCUCUGUCUGUAGAAGGUGACAUGGAGCAGAAAAAGGCCUCUCGCUUAUGUGACCGCUUUGGAAAGUGGCAGGAGGGCAAUUACACAAACUGUCACUACACGAAUGGCAUCACCCGUGUCUUGCAUACAUUCAUCUUGAGUCCCAUCAAUACAUCAAAUGCUGUCAGUUUGGCCCACCAAGUCCGCAAAUAUACUCUGGAGGCGGCAGGCUUCACUGACUCAGUGGAUGUGCUCUACGUGGCCCAGAUGAUGGAGAAGUUCAUGGAAUAUGUCAAACAGCUGCAAGAGUUGCCAGAGGUGUUGGUAGAGAUGGGCAGUAACCUGAUGCAGGUGGAUGACCAUAUCCUUACUCUGGCCCAGAGAGAGAAGCGAGCCUGUAGCUCCAUAGUGGGCUCUCUGGAGUCUCUGGCCUGGCCUCAGCUACACAGCCACGCUCAGUACUUCUCUAUGGUGUCAAGGAACAUUGUUAUGGAAGCCCACUUAAUUCGACCAGCCCACUUCAUUGGUAUAACCUGCACAGCAUAUGAGCGCCGUGACAUCCCAACAGCCACUGUAGGAAUGGAAGUGUCAGACUUCACACAUGAACAACAACUUCGUUUUCGUUGCAGCACAGGGUCCCAUAACACAUCUCUGAACAAUUUUCCCCUCAAGAAUUCAGUAGCUGUGGCCUCUGUGACCCUCCCUGCUACCUUGUUUCCUUCUGAUGCGCCUGCAGACUGUAAACUGCAGUUUGUGGCCUUCCGAACCGGAAGCUUUUUCCCUCUGACUGGGAAUUCGAGCAACGGUGCAGGGCACUCCCGAAGGCAUAACGUCAACACUCCGGUUAUCUUUGUGGGACUUGAUGGCUGUAGUAUGUGGAACCACUCGGAGCCUGUCUGGGUGUCACUCCGCCACUUAUCUCCAGGAAGUGAUGCUGUGGCGGCCCAGUGGAGUCCAAAGACACUGAACAAACAUGGGGGCUGGAGCUCCGAGGGAUGCCAGCUGGUCCACAGUGACAGCAGCACCUCCACAAUGCGCUGUUCUCUGCUUAGCAAUUAUGCUGUGUUGCAGGAGGUGCCAGACUUCCCCAGUUCUGCAUCCAUCUCCAUCAGGGUUCUCCACCCUGUGGUGUAUGCCUGUACUGCACUCCUCCUUCUUUGCCUUUUCACGAUCAUCAUCACUCACAUACUACACCACAGUUCCAUCCACAUUUCAAGAAAAAGCUGGCACACAUUACUGAAUACUUGCUUCCACAUCGCCAUGACAACAGCCAUCUAUGCAGGAGGCAUAAGCCUGACCAGUUACCCAAUUGUUUGUCAAGCAGUAGGCAUCGCCCUGCACUACGCUUCACUGUCAACCCUGCUGUGGAUUGGUGUUAGUGCCAGAGUCAUCUACAAAGAAGCUAUGUGGAGAAUGCCACUGGCACCAGAUGGAGAUUCUUCACUUCCGCCAACUCAACGGCCAAUGCUCAGGUUCUAUUUGAUAGCUGGUGGAGUUCCUCUCAUCAUUUGUGGGAUCACUGCAGCUGUCAAUGUCAGCAACUACGGAGACAACAGCCCUUACUGCUGGCUGGUGUGGCGCCCCAGCCUGGGGGCUUUCUUUGUCCCAGCCGGCCUAGCGGUGUUGGUGACCUGGAUCUACUUCCUGUGCACUGUGUUCUGCCUCAGACACCGUACUGCCAAAGAAUGUAUAGGAACCACACCGUCUUCCCCUGCCACCGAGAGCCAGCCUGCGCUAGCAGGAAGCAUCAGCCUCCUGUCCACAGACUCAGUUGUGGGUCCUUCAAAUUCCAACGUGGCUUUGGACGACCAGUACUCGCUAAAGACACAGUUUUUAAUUUUGGUGGCCACCCAUUUCCUGUUCGUGGUACUGUGGUGUUGUGGGGCGAUGGCAGUGUUCCUGACUGGGCACGUCAGCUUGUUGUUUAGUUCUCUUUAUGGAAUGGUGGCCAUAGCCCUGGGAGUGUUCCUAGUGGUGCACCACUGCUUCCGACGUGUGGAUGUGCAGACCUCGUGGUUGCCGUGCUGUCCGGUUCACAGCAACACUCUUCCGGUGUCUACCUAUACCUGCACAGCAGGAAGUGGCGCGCAAACCUCUGAGCAAGGAUCCCAACUUUUCAUGAAUUGCCAUCAACCCGGAGACUCGCACAACUCUUCAUCCACUCGAUCAUCAUCCACUCCGAGUGGCAUCAGUAGUGUCGGACCUGGGCCCUGCAAACUCACCAACUUACUGCAGGUGGCGCAAGACACUCAAAGCAAUACCUCGAGGGCUGUAGCUGGUAUCAACACGGGCACCAGCACUGACAAUGUCACAAAGCCAUCAAACUAUGUUUUCCCCAGCGUUAACUCUUCAGUCCCUGUGCAUCCUCAGAGAAGGAAAGUGAAUAGCAGGACUAAACAAGGCAAUAGCCAGUAUCACCAUAGGGGUGAUGGCAGAGGUCACUACCGUCUCAAAGCUUUAAGGACAGCAGGAGGUGGGGGCAGCCUGGGAGCUUUGGGUCCCACUGGUUUGGAGAACCUCAGCUCAUCACACAUGGUGCAUAAACAAGCCACCAGUGAGAAUGGGAGCAUCCAUCACAGUCUCCCAGAGAGCCACGCAGGCCCGCUGACAAACGGAAAGCAUGUCGGUAAGUCGGUGGCCACCAGCCCUUCAGACGGCAGCGAUGGGGGCAGUAGCGGCAGCCGAAAACCAUACCCUCUCCUCCCCUCUGUGGCCAGCAGAAUGGCCAUGAAUGGCACGCACAGACGAUGCAUCAGCAGAGACAAUUUGAAACUGGCGGCUGCUGCGGAGCGGGAGGCUAAGCGCUGCUCUUACCCUUUAAACAGUAUUACCACGACCGUGCCUGGAGCUGCGGCUCCAAAUGGCACCCUGAAGAACUCGCUUCUAGAGCUGGACCAUGACAUGAGUGGCACAGAUCAGUCCCAAAAUUCUGUGGGAGUGAAGAGCAGUUUGUGGAAGAGCGAAACCACUGUGUAAUCUGUACUUGUACAUGAACCUCAGUGUUACCUUUACAGCAUUUUAAGAGACUAUUUUUUCAAUGUCUCCUGAUUAUUGAUUAAUGUUAUAUAAUUUAAGAUUAAAAAAGGGAUCCAGGACUUAAAACUGUUACUUUCCAGUGGCAAAUAAUUUGUUGUAAAAUGGUAAAAAUUAAGUACAGUAAAAAAAAGGAUAUGUGUAUUUUAUUCUAAUGGCUAUAUUGUAAGAUUGUGCACAUAUUGGAUUUAUGUGGAUACGUUUAAUGAGAGAUUUAUCAUUUUAGUUUUGAUUUUCUAUGCAUUUCAGAAGACUGUUCAUUUUUAUAGCAUACAGCUUUAUGCAAUUCCAUUCAUGAUCAUGUUUGCUUUAUGUACUUUUUGCAUGUGUGUGCGAGUGUGUAUAAGUGCUUGUACAUAAUCAGUUGUCAAUUAAAAGAAUGUGGGAUUUCGGCAUACCGAAUGGAUUUUUUUUUUUUUUUUUUUUUU